UACAAGCGAAGGGCUGGCAAAGGUAGGGUGAAGUGAAUUGAAGCAAGCAGUGGAGCCCGAGUGCCCAGCCUGUGUUGGACCUGGACCCAGGCAAACUGCAUCAGUACCUGGCUUUGGGCCCUGCAGACUCUGCCAGAGCCCUUUUGAGGCCUGGACCAUGAGAGGGAUGAAGAAAUACAGGCAUGUCAUUGAGACGCCGGACCCUGGCAGGUGGGAGCUGGUGGGCUAUGAGGCUGCCCUGCCCAUCAGUGAGAAGUCCAACCCCAUCACCCGUGAGCUGGACCGGGCAGACCCCUUGCAGAUCGUUCAGCUGCUGAAGGAGUGCGACGCUGAGAUCUUCCAAGAGGAGGAGGAAGCCUUGCUCAAUUACAAGAGGCUCUACAGCCAGUCAGUGCUGAAGACCAUGAUUGAUAUCAUCAAUAAAGUGCAGGAGGUGCUGAAGGACCCAGAAAAUGGUCUCAUUGUCCUAAGUGGCAGCGGCACAUCAGGCAGGCUGGCCUUCCUCAUUGCUACUGCCUUUAACAAGCUGCUCAGGGGCCUGGGUCAGCUGCCUCGUUACAGACACAUCAUUGCUGGGGGACACAGAUCCUUGGUGAUGUCUCAGGAGGGGCUCGAGGACAGUGCUCUACUGGGAACUGAGGAGCUGAGGAAGGUCUGUGAUGGGAAGAAGAAAGUGGUUUUCAUUGGCAUCUCCUGUGGUUUAUCUGCUCCAUUUGUGGCAGGGCAGCUGGAUUUCUGCAUGAAUAACUUGGACAUCUUCCUGCCAGUUCUGCUGGGAUUCAAUCCUGUCAGCAUGGCCAGGAAUGACAAGAUUGAGGGCUGGCACUCGACUUUCCGGCAGGUGGCUGAGCGGAUGCAGAAGCUGCAGGAAUCCCACAAAGCCUUCAUCCUCAACCCUGCUGUAGGGCCUGAAGGCAUUUGUGGCUUUUCAUGGAUGAAAGGCGGAAGCGCCACCAAGAUCCUGCUGGAGACUGUGCUGCUGGCAGCCCACAAGACAGUCUCCAGGGAGAGUGAAAUCUCAGAGAAGUGCCUUGUGGAGAUCCUGAGGACCUAUGAACGAGCCCACGAAGUCACCUAUGCUCAGAGCAGGAAGAUUGCUGCUCUAGUGAAGGAAGCAGGCACAAGCCUGCAGAAGAAGGCCUGUGUGUACGUGCUGGGCUGGCACACGCUGGGUCUCAUCGCCAUCAUGGACGGUGUGGAGUGCAUCCCAACCUUUGGGGCAGACCACAAGGAUGUGCAAGGCUUCCUGAUCGGGGAUCCUAACGACAUCUUCACCAAAGAGGUGGACCCAACAGCACAAGGCCCACAGGUUGCUUUCUCUCAGGAGGACUUCGUGAGGAUCAUUCUCCCCUCCCUGACAGAGCUUGACACAGUCCUUUUCCUCUUCACGCUGGAUGAUGACCUUGCUGAGGUAGAGGAACUUGUGAUCCAAGUGAAGGAGAAGACAUCCAACAUCCAGGCACUGUCUCAUGCUACAGUUGGGCAAUACCUGCCGGCUUCCCUCAAGAAGCUGUUCCCUGACAUCAUCAGCAUCAUGUGGCCAAUACUGUUCCUGGAGUACGAGGGGAAUUUUAUCCAGAAAUUCCAGCGGGAGCUCAGCACCAAGUGGAUUCUGAACACAGUCAGCACCGGAGCCUAUGUCUUGAAGGGCAAAAUCCUCCGCAACUGUAUGGUAGACCUGAGGAUUGGCAACUCCAAGCUGUUCUGGAGGGCAGUGUCCAUCCUGCAGCGAUUCACAGGGCACUCCCAGGCCAGAUGCCUGGAUAGCCUCCUGCAGGUGAUCUAUGACCCUGAGGUGGUGUUAGACGACCUCCGCAACAAAGACAUCUCUACACACAUUCUGGUGGCAACUGAAAAAAACAAGGUCGUUCCCACAGCUCUCUUGUGCCUGUUGAGGAACUGCUCUGUGCAGGAAGCCCGAAUGCGCCUGGACACCUCCCAUUCCAUCCGUGCGGCCAUUGAGGCUUCACUGAAUGCCCCAGGACACAAACGGGGAGCAGAUAUAUCUGAUGCUGCAAGCAGAAUCACAUAGUAAGCAGGAUCCUGACUCCAAAGAGACUCAAAGAGGAUUUUGAGGGUUGGAUUGGUCUAGGUGUAUUGUUUGACUAAGCAGCCACACUGUCUUCCAGCUGAGGAAACACUCUGAUGCCCUGAACAAGAGCAGUAGCAAAUUAACCUUCACGGCAGUGAGGGGGAGUGGGGUCAUGUUCUAGAGUCUCCUGCUUUGGUCUGGCUUACUGAUUUCUCCUCAGGUGACUUAUCUAGGGGCCUGCUAUGAGGAGUUAGACUUCAUUGACAGCUCCCUUUCUCUGGAACAACCCAACCUGUAGACUGUAGGGUGGGCAGGUGCAGGGUUUCUCUUAACAAGAGGUUCCACCUCAACACAAGGGGGAACUUCUUUACUGUAAGGAUCACAGA